GUGUCAUCUAGAUGAUCAUCUAGAUAGGGAUCUUUGCGGGAGCGCUCCGGCUGGUGGGCUGUGAGCGACUGGCGAGCGGCUAGUGAGAGCGAGCAUGCCGUUCGCAUCGCAAGCGAGUGCUGUCGUCGUCGUCGCCGUGCUCUGUCCGAUGGUACCGGUUUAAAGCGAGCGCGUUCCAAGAGCAACUUCACGCCGGACAGACCAUCGACUGUUCCGCUCGCUCAUACGCUCGCUCGCUCGCGCGUUCGGUCGUCGCUUCAGUGUGUCGCGCGCACCGUCACGAGUCGGAGCUACGUUUCUCGGAGGGUUUACCCGGACCGUUCUCCCUCGGACAUUUCCCCCCUCGCACGCGAGACGCUACGCACUCGCGCGAGUGCAGCGGAGCCUGAAGAAGGGCCGCGAAGAGUUCUCUCCGCGUACGCGCGGAGCACUCCGUUGUUAUUUACGAAGGGGCCUCGUGUCGCCGAGACCGCUCGUUCGCACGGCGGCGCACUCGUACCCUUACGCCCUUUUUUCUCUUUCUCCCUCUCUCUCUUUCCUUUGACCGACCUUCCCUUCGCCACCCGCGCCUUUGUCCGUCUCCCUCCCUCGCUCCCGUGCCCCCUCAUCCGUCGUCGCCGCUUUUCCGUCGUGCUGCGCUCCGAUCUCGUCGGCGAGCGCAGCGAGUGCGCGCGGGACUCACGCCCGUGUAAAGUUUCGCGGGAAGCCCUGCUCUCGGCGGAGCGGAAGGACAAAGCGGAAGAGGGCUCCCUCUCCCCCCCAAGUGAUCGUGUUCGUCGGUGAUCGUAAACGCAGCUAUGGCGCGCGAGGAGGAACGGUGGUGUUUCCUUAACGGUGGUACGAGCGGACGGCAAAGGCCGACGCGGAUCCCGCUGCAGCUCGUCGUCCUGUGCACGCUCCUGGCCGGGUCUCUGGCGGCCGCCGAGAACGCUGAUGCUUACUACGAUUACGCCGUGUGGAAGGGCACGUCAUCACUCGAUGAGCAAUUUUCGAGCAUCAGACUGAUCGAUAGCGAGAAUGUGGCGAGGGUACGUCGGGCGACACCCGACAAGUCGGUGGAGGCAACCGAGAAGGAAGAGCCGGGCAAGGACCAAUCGGUCCAGGUGCGGUUGGUACAACCGCAGCAACAACAACAGCAGCAACCAACACCGGCGGUGUAUAUGGCGACGUCGAACACGUCGAGCACGUCCAGGGAUGUAAUGUUCUCCGCGGUUUAUGCGACCAGCGAAGCCACCUCCACCGUCCAGCCGUCCAGCACCGCCAACGUUAGUUAUGUCGUGAAGAAGAGCACAACGCCGCAGCCGGCGACGCUGCACGUCUGGGCGAAUCGCACGCGCAACGCUACUACCAAGGAGGAACAGCAGCAGCAGCAACAGCAGCUACCGAUGACGGAGGACAAGAAUAACCAGACUAACGAGACGAAGGUGACAGAGUUGACGCCGGUGAAAGUUGCGACCGAGGAAGCUGAUAAGACGUCCGAUGACAUCGGUGACAUCUCCAUCAGCAAAUUCUCCGAUGUGACCAACAUCACCCUCACGCAGAACAACAUUACCAAGACGAUCUAUGACACACACCAGUAUUACAAUAGCACCUUCAUCAUCGAUGCCGAUAUCUGUAAGAAGUAUUGGGUCGAUAUGGACAAUCAUCCAGAUCUCAAAGUCAAUCAUCUUCUCAGCCAGAGUCAUCGACGCGCCGCGACUGUCAAGCUGAAGUUCGAUUUCCCGUUCUACGGGCACAAAGUGCGCAAUAUCACUAUCGCUACCGGUGGCUUCCUGUACACCGGCGAGUACGUGCACAGCUGGUUGGCGGCCACCCAGUACAUCGCACCGCUCAUGGCGAAUUUCGAUACCCGCCUGUCGAACGCCAGCUACGUCAAGUACGCUGACAACGGCACGGCAUUUACGGUCGAGUGGGAGAAGGUGGUGCUGCAAGACAAACCAGAGGCCGGCGCAUUCACUUUCCAGGUGACCUUGCAUCAGAACGGCGACAUCGUGUUCGUCUACUCGGUGAUACCGCUGGUGGUUGAACUGAUCGAGGACACGAUGCAUCCAGUCAAGGUUGGCCUCAGCGACGCCUACAUCAUGGACAGGACCGUGUUCUUCGUGCGCCGAAAGACCAUCUACGAGUACCAUCGCGUCAAUUUCAACCGACAAGACAUCAUGAACUGCACGGUCAUUUAUCUGAAAGCGUUACCCACGUGUCUAAACUUGGACAACUGUCGAGAUUGCCUGACGAAGGUGCCGGACUUCGAUUGCAAGUGGUGUCCCGAGUUGAAACAGUGCAGCACCGGCACGUCCCGGUCGCGACAGGACUGGCUGCUAAAGGGUUGCGACGUGCGCAAUAUCAAAGAAGCGAACGAUUGUCCAGCACAAAUCACGACGUACAAUGGCGACGAGUACAACCAUGACGGCCACGUGCGUUCCGAGGAAUCGAUUACCGCGAACGAGAUGAGCGCAAAACAGGACAGACCCGCUGCGAGCAACAUGAACAUGGGCGUUUCGGGAAUAAUUGGCAUCCUGACCGUCAUCGUUCUGGUGGUGGGUCUUGCGGGCUGGGGUGCUUACGCCUAUCGUAAUCCACAUAGCGCGUCGGGACAAAUGCUGAUCAGGUACCGUCCAAGUCAAUGGAGCUGGCGAAGAGGCGAAGCCCGUUACACAGCUGCGACCAUUCAUAUGUGAUGAGGCGCGUUGACGGGAAUCAAAUCACAGUCAACGCGAGAAACUGUCGGACCAAACUUCCUAUUAACUGUACAGCGUGCACCAAGCUCGCCAGAGUGCGAAAAGCGUCGCGGAACGUCCGCCCGCGCUCGAUCUACGAUAGACAUAAUAGAUACGAUCAAUCGUCUCACAGCGUAAUGCGACGUGACGACGCGGGAUCGAUUAAUACCAGAGCGACUAGCGUGCAUCCGUUUCUUUCUCCACUCUUCUUGCGAUGUUGACCGUGCACGAGAACGCAACGCAGUGUUCAAUUUGACUGUAUUACUGAAGGCGUAUCGCGCGAUCGAGAACGACCGGAAACGAAAGUUCAUCACGACGCUUUCGUCUUUUUGACGAAGAUUCGACUUGCGGAAUUUCUGCAUGCAUGGACGAGUCCGCGAGCGAUCGCGGGUGAUUCGAUGUGACGUAGAUUCAAGACAGGGAUACUGAUAUAUAACGAAGAGCGACGACAGGUCACUCUCAUAUCGCGCGAUCGUACCAAACGGGAAGCUAUUUUCGGGACAGUGUAGCAUUUGUGACGCCUUUGAAAAAUUUAAAUUAUGGAAACAUGAGGGCCCGUCUCACCAAUUGUCGAGGAAAUUGAUGGCAAAGGUUUCCUGGUUUCCGGUAUUAGUUUGCUUGUUCGUCAAGCGUUCACAUGCGAGCAUUUCUUAGUGCGUGGUAUACCUUGUUAUCGUUUAAGAAUUCGUUUUCUUUAUCGUUACGCAAAUUGCAGCAGUUAUUUCGUAUAUGUAAUUUUCACGGCGAGAAGCGCAACGGAGAGGAAGGAAAGAAAAAAAAAGAAUAGAAUUUGCGAGAGGACAAAACCGAAGAACAAUCAAGUUCCGAUCUAGCAUGCUGAAGCUACAGUUCGGCGAGCUCUCCGAACAGAGUCGGCGGAAAGAGUCACAUCAAAAUUAUUCAGCCGAAAUCGAUCGCAAAAUUCGUCGUAGCAUUAUUUGCAUUAUCGUUCGAAUCUACAUUCCAAAGCGUACACUGUUUUGAAACCGAAUCGUGGAGAGUCACGUACGAGAGUCACGAACUGCAGUUUCAUCAUCUCGAUUUAUAUAUUACAUGUGCACACGGACAAUACACACAUAUAAAUACACGCGCAUUUAUAUAAAUACAAAUGAUUAUAUAUUAUAUAGAUGUAUAUAUACACUGAGAAAAAUAUUCGAUUAGAUAUAAUCGAAUAAUCCAAUUACGGAUAUAUCCGAUUAAAUUGUAUUUAGACAAAGAAAAUGAUGAGACAUAUCCAACGAAGGUAAUCGGACAUAUCCAUCAUUUAAUCGGUAAACAAAAUUAAUAAUCGGGAAUAUUUAAUCGGUUUAUCCGAUGGAAAUUUUUCUCAGUUAUAUACACACACAAAAAUAUAUUUUUACAAUAUUUUUCGAUGAUUACACACGAGCACCUUGUAAUACGCGUGUAAGACGAUAUAGAUAAAGUAAAAAAAAAAACCAUAAGAAGAGAGCACGAGAUAUAUUAUAUUAUAUAUAUAUACGAAAAUCUUGUAGCAUUCUACAAUAUUAUUAGGUCGCGAGUGUAUAUAGUAGUUAUACGAGGCAAUAUAAUUUUUAAUCUAAUUGUAAGUGUAUAAUUCACCGCAUCACGAAGGGUGCCUUCCUCGUAAAAUUUUUGGGCGAUACAUAUCGUGUACAUUAAACGGAAGUGCGAGCAACGAGCAAAGGACCGAAGGAAAGGGACAAAUCUUACGGCAUCACGCGGAUCCACGGAUCGUCGUAAGACUCCCGGAGGAUCAUCUCGGUCUUCACUUGCGGAAAAUUCUUGGGGAACGCAACUGUAAGAAGCUGUAAACCGUCGAUAGCGAUUUGUAGAGUUAGCACGCACGCCUGUGCCGGAUUCCGUUGUCACUCGUCGCCAACGGCGACCCAACGAGAGGGGACAGGAGUGAAUUAUCUCGUCGAACUUGUCAACGGCUUUCCUUACAUUACUGUGUACGAUUUAACUCAUAUAGUUUGUGAUAAUAAAUAUUAUAAUUAUUGUAGU